AAGAAUGUAAGGAUAAAACGCUAUUUUUUUCUUUAGUGAAGAAACGCGUACUUCCGUAAUGCCGUUUUGUAAAAUGAUCGAAUACAAUGACGACGAUCGCUCAUGAGCGAUCACCGUUCGCGCUCAACUCUUGCGAAAGUUUUACGAAUGAAAAUCUAUACAUUUCGAGAAUUUAAACUUUUAUCUAAUAUACAUUCCAUCGGUCGCGGUUCUCCUUGAUGUAUCGAGCCUGUUUCCAGACUUGCUCUUGUUCUUCAGCAGCCGAAUGCCAAAAUUUGUUUACUGGAGCAAACCUGAAGAUAGGCUCGAGCGAAUAUCGAGUGUGUAAGAUAAAAAAAAAUGUCGACCGCAUUUACAAAUUCCUAAUUUACGUAACAGGGACCUCUCUCUCUUUCUCUCUCUUUCUUCCUUCCCCUCGUAUUCUUUCAUUACCCCCACAUGAGCUCAUCAGCGUGCGGGUCGCCAAAAGCGUCGCAGUGAACAUGAGCGCGAACUCGGAGAUUGGUGACCAUCUCGACGAGAUCUACGAUUGGAUCGAUCAAAUCAAGUUUUCCAGGCCCAAAAGAAACAUAGCCAGAGACUUUUCCGAUGGAGUGUUGAUGGCGGAGCUGUUGAAACGCUACUAUCCUAAGCACGUGGACGUGCACAACUACGUCGCCGGCAACAGCAUCGCGAAGAAGAUCGACAACUGGAGCACGCUGAAUCGCAAGGUGUUGUCGAAGAUCGAUAUAAGGCUGGGGAAGGAGGCGAUUGGUCAGCUGGCGAGUUCCCAGCCAGGCGUCAUCGAGAAGGUCCUCGCCGAUCUACGGGUCAAGAUCUUGAAGGAUUCGAACGCCGACAGGGAGUCCUUGUACCUAGGCCACGCGGACAGUAAAGAGGCGGUGAAAUCCGUGCUAAAUCCCGACGAGAUUGCGAACAAGACCGUCCCCCGGCACAUCUUCACUCGCUUGAAGCAGGAGCUGCAACAGAAAAACGACACGAUCGCCGCGCUGCAGCAGAAGAUCUCGCAUUUGGAAAGCAUAAUGAAGCUGAAGGACCAGCGGAUCGACGACCUCACGUUGCAGAUCGCGAGGCUGCCCGUCGAGCGGAACACCGCAACUCCGCGUCCUCACGUUAUCGGCAGCGGAGUCGCGAAACCGUGCGUCUCCACCAAGCUGUCGUACUAAACCCCGUCGAGACGCGCUCCCCGAGUGCGGCCACUACACAGCGCUCGUAGCUCGUUCGUC